UAUUAGUAAUUAUAUCGACCGAACCUAGUUGGCUGACAAUUCCGGAACCUCACUUGGAAAAUGAAAUAUAAGGUAAAAAGAAACGAACAUCGGAGGCAAACGUUUCAAAUAACUAAUACUGGAUUACAAAAUUGGAUCAGAAGAAAUAAUAUGAAAAACUAAAGCAAUUAAAAUAAUUGUGAUAUUUUACAUCAUAAAUGGUGUGUCCUGUAGCGACUAUGCAUUGUCGCCUGCAAUCUUAUCGGAAACCGUUGAGCCUCUCUAACUUCAUUUGCCAUUCGAGCCCCGUUCGACACAGCAGCAUAUACGAUCGCACAUAGUACCGAAAGAGCAGCAACGUGCUUUAUUGCAAAAAAGAAAACAAAAUACAUUCACGUGGCUGCCGAUAUUCCUCGAUAGUCAAUUAUAAUAAUUCAAGUGUAAAUCUCAUUUCAAAGUAUGAAGUGCGGAAGAAUUUCGUGGACAUGGUUAUCCCUGCUAUCUUUAACAAGCUUUUACGUGUCAAUAAAAGCGACCGAACUAGACCCGAUGGCCACAAGGAAGAUACUUCCAGUGUACGCGGUUUUGGAAAAUGCUGAUCUUCUAAAUUCCAGCAGAUGUCGGACGGAGAUAGAUGAAUUUCGGAAUGCGGUGAAUAACCAGAUACUUUGGGCUCUAAGAGCAUUGGAUACCAGUGGCGUACCAUCCGGAGGAUUUGUCGUCGGGAACAACCAUUGGCUAGGAGACCGACUAGGUUGCAAGCUUUUCUCUGAAAAUCGCACGGUAUUGCUAUCGGACAAAAUACGAAAGAACAAUUCCAUAUACCGGAACCCGAAUGAAGAGUAUUCACCUUUUGAGUUUCGUUUUUUUAUUGCACGUGCGCGGCACAAUAGCACUGUGCAAUAUCAUAUAGAAGUAGAAGACGAAGAUUUGAUCACGCUUGGACUUUGCUUACCGGCAUCCUGCAGCAUAGGCGAUGUUGCCACUAUGCUUGAUAAAGUAUUUCGUAAUGAGACACUUUUCAUUGGAAAACUUUUUGAUAUACACCUCAAGCUGAUCGAAGUCUCCGAUUUGGUGGAUGAUGGUCAAUGGCUACUCUCUGCGAAAAUGAUCUGCAUCAUAGGAGUUUUGCUAUCGUUGUGUGUUACUGUAAUAGCGGCCACAGUGUACGACGUUUUCGUAUAUCGAAAGCGUUUGAAUAACGAAGGGGGAAAGCUUACGUUCGAAAGUAACAACGCGAUACCAUUGGACAACGGAAUAGAUGAGAAACGCGAAACCGACAAUGAGGAAUCAGCACCCCGCGAGUCGGGGCAGUUGAAUCGUUUCAGCCAACAUCUUCUGUGCUUUUCAUUUCUUACUAAUGUAGAGGAAAUAUUUAAGCUGGAAAAGAGUGAAGAUAAACUACGCUUAUUCUACGGUUUGAAAACGGUGACUAUGGUAUGGAUUAUUCUGGGGCACAUAUUAUUCUUCGGAUUUCAUGUUAUGAGUAACACAUGGCUUGUAUAUACAAUGGACGACCAUAUACUGUCGCAAAUCAUAAGUAACUUCACAUUAUCGGUGGAUGCAUUUUUCUUUAUGAGUGGUUUUCUGUUAUCAUAUUCAUUUCUGAAGGAACGACGAAAAUAUCAUGGAAUUCCGCCUAUAGCAAAGAGGAUGAACGAAUUUUUUCAAAAGAUCGUCAAACGAUAUAUAAGGCUUACACCUGCAUAUUUCGUUGUCAUACUGAUAACGAUAUUGAAUUUUACCUGGGACGAUCAUGUCUCAGUACUUCUUCCCGCUGAGCAUCCACAUACAAAGUGUUCCAAAUAUUGGUGGACUAACAUACUUUACAUCAACAACUUCUAUAGAUGGGAUGAGCUAUGUCUCGUAUGGAGUUGGUACUUGCCCAAUGAUAUGCAGUUCUUCGUAUUUGGCAGUUUUCUUCUAACUUUAUCGAUCACGCAUUACAAUAUCGCCAUGGGCAUAGGCAUUGUUACGCUACUCUCAUCGAUAGGAUCACUCGUUUACACGGGAUACACUCUUAAUUACCAGCCUACACUAGACGGACAAUAUAGAACGAUGUCAGAGAUUUAUAUACGACCAUGGUGUAGAAUACCGCCAUAUCUCAUAGGAAUGGCCACAUGCCACCUUCUUACAAAAUGGAAUUACAAAUUGCAUUUUUCAAAAAAAAGCUUAAUCGUUGGUUGGUCCUUGGCAAUUUUAUGUAAUUGUUCGAUUCUCUUCGGACUCACGAACAAGAACAUAUCCCUAGGUCUCUCCGUUCUUUAUUUGGCCCUCAGUAGAACAUGCUGGGCAUUAGGUAUUGCCUGGCUUGUAGUUGCAUGCACUACGAAUAAUGGCGGUAUCGUGAACAAAAUCUUAUCGCUGGAUAUUUUCGUCCCUUUCAGUAAAUUAACGUAUGGUGCUUAUCUCCUUAAUCCUGUUACUAUACUUUUGGCUUACUCUUUAAAUUAUUAUGUUUUAUACAUUAAUAUCGUCACCUUUGGCAUUUACUCCAUUGCAAUGAUUACUUGUAGUUUCAGUGCUUCUGUUCUGUUAUCCGCAACAACUGAAAUGCCGUUUAUAUCACUUCUGCGAUUGAAUAUUAGUGCACGAAGCAGAACGAAUGAAGGUGGUAGCAAAAAUUAGUCUCAGUCGUCCAAUUAUCAAACUUAUGACAAGAACUUGGCCUUUCAUGUGUCGAAAUAUUGAAAAACAUAUCUUUAUGGCAGUGAUCUCUGAACCUAAUGUAAUUGAAUGUUUCAUAACGUUUCCUGGCUCAUUAUUUAUAAUGUUGUUUAAUUUAUUAAAAUGCCUGGGAAGAAGAAUUAAUUAAGGGAAUCACUUGCGGCAAAAUCUUACACGUUCUUCUUUAUUGACGAGGAUAUUGUACAUAGGAAAGUGAUUUUGACGAAAAAAUAAGUUCAUAUACAAAUAAAUAUAGAUCAUUGAAAAAGGAGAAAAAGUCAUUGCCUUGCAGUACACAGGUGACCUUCUCGCAGUUGUUUUUCGUACCUAACACUGCCAGUUGCCUUGCGUGUUAAAAACCAAAGCCUCAGAGAACACAAUAAAAAACGUGUGGAUAAUGAUACAAGAUUACAUUACAAGACCAUGAAGUGAGCAAAAAAUGAUCGAAACCUAAUCCAUUAUUCAGGAUUUAAAUGCACAUAGUGUUCGAGACGAGAAAGUGAUGUAGCAGCAAAGAUUAUUUGCUGCAAAGAAGGGAGGCUGACAAAGAUUAUUUAUCAGUACGAAUAACUGUCACACUUAAUUUAAGCGGACGAAGUCCGAUAA